CCAGUGCUACACUCUUUAAUCCAUAAUGAACAGAGUUGUUUAAUUUAGGGUUUUGCAACUUAAACCAUUAGAUGGAUGAACUCUAAUAACCACCACCUUCCACCAUGACCGACCGCGAUCGCCACCGCGACAGAGAAAGGGAUCGAAGACGUGACAAGGACGACCGUGACAAAGACCGCGACCGUGAUCGUGACCGUGAUAGGGACCGCGACAGAGCACGUAGCAAGAGAUCCCGUACGCGUUCUCCUGACCGUGUUCGCUCUCGCCACUCACGCUCCCGCUCUCCCGUAGACCGUUCCCACCGUCGACGCCACCACCGUACUCCUUCCCCUGAUCCUCCCAGGAAGCGUCACAGGCGUGACUCCGUUGAAGAAGACCACAAAGAAACGAAGAAAGUGGUGUCAGACUUCGUUGACGGAAUCGCAAAGGAACAGCAGCAGAAGCAGAAGGAGAAUGGAGUUGGAGAAGUCGAAGUGAACGAGGACGAGAUAGAGAUGAUGAAGAUGAUGGGAAUCCCGACUGGUUUUGACUCCACGAAGGGAAAACCGGUUCCCGGUGCUGACGUCAGCGGCGUUAGAGCAGUCACCAAACGACAACCGAGGCAGUACAUGAACCGUCGUGGUGGAUUCAAUCGUCCAUUGCCUGCUGAGAAGAAUCGCUAGAUUUCGCUUCGUUCUUUUGCUACAAGGUAAUACCUUUUGGUGUCGGUUCAAUCAUGUGGAAGCUUGAUGGCAGAAACAGUUGGCGGGACUAAAGAAGAAAGAUUGUAAGAGUUCCUCUAGUUUUUGUGUUGAAUUAAUGCCCUUUGCUAUCUCCGGCUCACUGUCCAGUGUAAUUGGCUACAAGCAUGAUUUAAUUUUAUUUAUCUAACUAAUACUCCAGAUUAUGAUUAAGUUUAUGGACUGCAAUAUCAUAUGACCCAAUGGAUGUUGAGGUUUGUUAACUCCUGACUGACCUGCACUAUUAUUAGCCGGAAAGUGCCGAUGUUGUAUGGUUGUACCAGAUAACAACUUCACUCAAGUAAGGACGAUAAAAACAAUGAAUUUCACACUAGUUUGGACAUGGCGUUUUCUUACCGUUUCCAUGUAUUUAGAAAACGCAAGGCAGAGUUGUGACCUAUUAAAAAAGUUAUGUUUGAUCAUUUUGGACUAUAGUAGUAAUAAUUUUCAUAUUAAACUUGAA